AACCCAUUAUCACUUCCCACUUUCUCCCAUCGCUUUCUCUCUGCAACAAACACCAUGACUAAAGACGUUGAGGUGGCGGAACACCACGCCGGAACCGAAUACGCCGCCAAGGACUACCACGAUCCACCUCCUGCCCCUUUCUUCGACGCCGAGGAACUCACCAAAUGGUCCUUCUACCGAGCACUCAUCGCCGAGUUCGUCGCCACUCUCCUUUUCCUCUACGUCACCGUAUUAACUGUCAUCGGAUACAAAAGCCAGACCGAUCCUGAUUUGGACACCGAUCAGUGCGGCGGCGUUGGUAUCCUCGGCAUCGCUUGGGCCUUCGGUGGCAUGAUCUUCAUCCUCGUUUACUGCACCGCCGGUAUCUCCGGAGGACACAUUAAUCCGGCGGUGACGUUCGGAUUGUUUUUGGCGAGAAAGGUGUCGCUGAUUAGGGCGGUAGGGUACAUGAUAGCACAGUGCUUGGGAGCAAUUUGUGGUGUAGGUUUGGUGAAAGCUUUCCAAAGCUCAUACUACAACCGGUACGGCGGUGGUGCCAACACGUUGGCCGACGGUUACAACAAAGGAACCGGACUCGGUGCUGAGAUUAUCGGCACCUUCGUCCUGGUUUACACCGUCUUCUCGGCUACCGAUCCCAAGAGGAGUGCACGAGACUCCCAUGUUCCUGUGUUGGCACCACUGCCCAUAGGAUUUGCAGUGUUCAUGGUGCACUUGGCCACCAUUCCGAUCACCGGCACCGGUAUUAACCCGGCGAGAAGUUUUGGUGCCGCCGUCAUUUUCAACGACUCCAAGGCAUGGGAUGACCAAUGGAUAUUCUGGGUUGGACCGUUCAUCGGAGCCUUUGCCGCCGCCAUCUACCACCAGUUUGUACUGAGAGCCGCCGCACUCAAAGCACUGGGUUCUUUCAGAAGCAACGCUUAAAACUUGAAAGAUUCAUGCCCUUUGUAGAUAUCUUGAUGUAAUAUCUUUUUUCCGAGUCUUGUUUUAUGUGAAGAAUGCAAGUGUCGUUUUUUUCCUUUCUUUUUUAAAUCUGAUUUUGUGAUCAUCGUAUUUCAAGAUCAAGAAGCGUGAAAUAUGAAAUGUGCCUACAAAAAAUUCAAAGAAAAUUGUUUGUUAAUUCGGUCU